AUGCUUCUUUCAGAGGAAUUCGGUUGCAAAGAAGAACUAGAAGAUGGGGAACUAUCGUUUGACGACAGCGAUGAUGCUAUUGCGGCGCAGAAAAGAGAAUUGACACGACAAAAGUUUCGCCGUUUUCGGCACAAGGAGUAUCAAUGCGAUGAAUGCGACCGUAUGUUCACGCUCAAACACAAUCUUCAGAAUCACUUCGUUCAGUACCAUAUGGGUUGCAAAACUUUGCACAAAGCAUGUCCUUCUUGUAAAUGUUCCAUAUGUGGGAAGAUCUACUCAGCUGCAUCUGUCCUUGCUGAGCACAUGAUGCAAGAACAUGACAGGUACAUAAAUCACUUUCAGUGCUCCAAGUGCCAUGAACAAUUUUUAACACAAACUGCUCUUCAAAAGCAUAUGAAAGAGCACAUGCGGGAAAGAAAAUCGUGUCGAUACGAGGGAUGCAAGGGGUUGAAGUUUAAGAAUAGCAGAGAGCUCGCCGAGCACGUGCGCCUCGAGCAUAAAACCAGAGAGUUGUCUUGUUCUGUGUGCAAUAUGGAGUUCCGACAGCUGUCUGCCAAGAUUAAGCACGAGAAAGGGCAUGAAAAAGAAAAAUAUGGUGAUAGUACGGCAAAUAGAGGGAAAGAACGAAGAAAAGCCAUGUGUGAUGAAGACCUUGUCAAAAGAGAACCGACGUCUCCUCUCUCGCCGUCUCCGAUGAAGCGCCAGAAGUUUUAUAGUCCUCAGUUUGAAGCUGUUCCCAUCAAGAGAAAAACGACGAAACGGCUAACCAAAGAAGAGAUUCUUGCUAAAAUCAGAAGAACCUAG